AUGGAGAACAGCAGCAGCGCGACUUGGAUUCUCCAGCCGCCUUCUCCUGCUGCAGCACCAGCAGCAGAAGCAGCAGCAGCAGCAGCAGACACGGAGUGCAGCCGCAGCUUCCUCAGGAAUCGCUCCGCAUUCAGCACUGCAGCAGCAUUCAGCAGCAGCAGCACACACUCCAGCAGCUGGCGGUGUCAGGCGUCUGCAGCGACGCGAGCGCUUAAUUUCCCACGCACAACAGCGUUCUUGCUGCAGCAGCAGCAGCAGCAACCUAAUCCCGCGCUGCAGCAGCAGCAGGCGCCGCAGCAGCUCGGCCUCGCCGUCCCGCUUCCGCUUCCCUCCCUCGGCAGCAACAACCUCCCCCGUCUCUCCAAAACAGCAGCAGCAGCAGCAGCAGCAGCAGCAGCAGCAGCAGCAUCGUCCCUCGCCCGACCCGUAGCCCAGCAGCCGCAGCGCAGCCGCACCACCCCCCGCAUCCCCCGCAGCAGCAGCAGAACCGCCGCCGCAGCAGCAACAACAGCAGCAGCAGCAGCAGCAGCAGCAGCAAAAUGGCUCGGGGUUCGGGGCAGGCAAUUGCAGCACAAGGUGCAGCAGCAGCAGCAGCAGCAAGACAAGCUGCUGGACCGGAGCUCGGUGAGCUCGCUGCACCGGCUCAGCAGCAGCAGCGGCUGCUGCCUCGUGGGCCUCCAGGCGGACUGCAGAUCUGCUGCUGCUGCUGCUGCAGCAGAAGCAGCAAACUUCAACUUCAAAUAUGGAAUUCAAAUUUCCCCAAGAGCCCUUGCUGCUAGACUAGCAGACCUCAACCAGGUGUACACGCAGUUCGCCUACAUGCGCCUCCACGCAUGCACGGGGAUCGUGGUGGGGAUGGACGAGGAGGAGGGCCCGCAGCUCUUCAAGUUCGACCCCGCAGGGUUUGUGGCAGGGUUUAGGGCUUGUGCUGCUGGCGCCAAAGAGCAGGAAGCAAAUAGUCUUUUGGAAAAACUUUUGAAAAAGAAAAACUCCGAAACCCCCGAACAAGUCGCCAGACUCGCCAUCACGGCUCUGCAGCAGGUGUUGGCUUCGGACUUGAAGGCGGAAGACAUUGAGGUUGGGAUCGUGUCGAAAAGCGAUCCCAGCUUUCGGCUGCUGUCUGAACAGGAGAUAGAGGCGCACUUGACGGCCAUUGCGGAGCAAGACUAA